AUGCACAGGACAAUGACUGCACACGAUAAAUUUCCACAUAAAGUGAGAAAUUCAUCUCCAAAGCAGAGAAACAACAAUAAAAGAUCCACCCCAACCAAGACUGAGUAUGCAUGCACCCCAGGACCCUGGACACCCCAUCAGCUGGAGCCAGGGCUGGUUUCUUCAUGGCUGAAGAAGAUAUAUGGGGAUCACUUUAUUCCAUCAGACGAGGUGAAUGAAAAGACAGUGGAUAUCUUGCAUGAUCUUAUGGAAUGUUGUGAAGCCAAAGAGAGGGAUGUUUCUUUGCUGAUAGAGGACAUGAAGCAUCAGGAAGCAGUGCAUGAAGCAGCAACUAAGGAAAUGCAGGACAUUUUCGAAGACCUGGGUCUUUCCCCAACCAGUCUGUCCAGAAAAGCCUCCAGGGACCUCUCUAGUCUGGCAAAAAGUGCAGUGAUACUCCAAACAAAAGACACGUCUCUUACCAGCCUCUUCUGUGCCAUCAAUAAUAUGACUUCGGAGCAGUUUGAAACAACGCAAAAAAACAGAGAAAUGCAGCAGAAAUUGGAUGACGUCAAGAAUAAACUGACUUCAGCCCUGAUGUUGAGCAAGCAGUUACUGGAGCAUAUUGAGAAUACAGAGGAACUUCAGAAAAAACAAUCUGUCAAAGUAGAGAGACAACUUAAGACCAUGACGUACCUGACAGAUAAAUGUUUGGAAUUAGAAAUCAGGAUCAAGGAUGCUCAGAGGGAGCUUGCUGCCCGUGGGCUCCACACAUCCCUGACACACAAGGCACUGGUGCAAUUAUCUGAGGAACUGGUUUCACUGGAGAAAAAAGUUGCAUCUCUGAAGAAGGAACAGAAGAUCUACUUGGAAUUACCUUUCAGUAUUUCCCUGGCAAAAGUGAUGGUUGAAGCAGCAAAACUAGAACUGAAGGCCUUGGAGGACAAACUCUCAAAGGAGCUUGACAGCGUGGCUUUUGAGUUGAUGUAGCCCAGCAGACUCCAGUUCACCUCAAGUGGCCUAUGUGGAAGAUGAUUUUCCCUCCAUUGCCUACUGAUUUACGCUAGUAUUACACUUUGGAAUUCUUACUGUACUUCUGCAGCUUCCUGCCUUGUUCUUCUCUCUGUUGGCUGGUACACUCGGGAUCUUCUAGCAAGUACACUCAUUUUUAGGGGCUCAUGUAGCCUUGUGUUUGUAAACAUAAAAUAACCUGCAAGUGUA